AUGGGAAACUGUUCUGCCUCUUCGCUCACAAAAAGCAUAACUUUUGUAUUCGAUCCUCACUUUUUUCCUACCCCUAAGCACAUACAAAAAGUUCCAGCUAAUACUACAAUAAAGUCUCUCUGCAAGGAAUUAAAAACAUUUAUGUCGCCAGAAUUUUGUAGGCACAGAUAUUCAAUAAACUUGAAAUUCCGAGAAAAAACUUACUAUCACAAAGACUUCACCCCUUUAUCAGAGCUUUUCAUCAAAAAGGGUGAAAAAAUCUUUGUGCAUGUCGAGCCUAAGGCAAAAAACACAAGAUUGAUAAACGUAAAAAUCCACUGUUGUACACAUACAAAUAUUUGUAUUUCAGUAUGUAAUGAGUCUACUAUUUCACAGCUAGAAGACUCAAUUUCAGACUUAAAAAACUGUUGCAAUAAUCACAAUUGUAAAUUAGUUUAUGAUGACUUAGAACUCAGGUCUGAUGAAAAUUGCGAAUUUCCAUCAGGCCAUGUUUUGCAUGCACUUUAUCAAGGUGAGCAUUUAGGGUGUGCUCCUAGUCCUUGGAAGAUAAAAAAAUCAGGAUUAAUUCAGGAAGGGAUUUGUAUGAAUCAAAAUUGCCUUGCUUAUAAGCAGUCGGUAUGCAUUAGCAAGGGAUUAGGAAAAUUUAAUCUUGUUAAUGAGAAUGAAAUUGGGGAGCACCAAUGUAUCAUGUGUGGGGAAAAUUUAUAUAACACUAGGAGAUUUGGCUUUAUUGAUUGCUGGUAUCAAUAUGUAGCAUAUGGAAAGGAUGGAGGAACACAACAAGAAACAUGUACAGCUGGGUUCUCUUACACAGAAUUUGAACUUUUUAAGAAGUUUGAAUGGAACAGGCUGGAUGUUUUAGUAACAAAGUUGUAA